CAUAAGACAUCUCAUGUGAUAGUAGUAUAAUGCAUAGAUAACCUCUAUAACAUAGGUUGUUAAAGAAGAAGAUAUUGUUCUUUUAUCACAUUUAUAGUUAUUGAGAAGACAAGUACAAAAAUAGAAAUUAUUUUUUAAUACCUAUCGGUCAAAAUGUCUUCAUCUUCCAGUAAAGUUUCUUUUUGCGAUUCGUUCGGAGUAAAGCCAUUAAAUGGUAAAAAUUUGGUUUCGUAUUAUAUACCAUUGCAGGGGGUAAUUAGUUAUACAGCACUAUCCAUAAAUGUUAUGAACCCGUCAUUAGUGUUAAGAAUAUUUUCUAAAAGAGAUGUAACAAAUAUUCUACUUGGACAAACCCUUCUUGGUUCUGCAAUGUUCUUGUACAGCAGACCUCAUCUAAAAGCUCUUCCAACUAAAGAUAAAAUAUUGUACAGUUCUUUUGGUGCUGUUACAUUCUCCUUGGGCUCAGUGUUGUUUUGGGCAAUUCUAAGAAGUGUUGUACCCCAGAAUGUAGCUUUAGGAACUCUUUGUGGUAUUGGAUCUGGUUUUGCAAUGAUAACAAUUGCGAGAAGUUACACAGAACAUGUUGACUCGUUGGUAGAUAAAGCAGUAUAAUAGUUUUUCUUGACUAGUUAUAUUUAUUUAAAGUAUGUGAAAUAGAUUGGAUUCAAUAAACGUUUUUAAUACUUAGAAAA